AUGAAUCAAUCCCAUCAAACCUUGGUGCGGCUCAUUCAGUCAUCUCAUGUGAAACUCGACGAACUCAUCGAAGCAUUUGACAAUCUUCGCCUUAUUGCUAUCAACAUUAACUUUGCAAGAGUUUUGGAGGAGUAUAGAGUCGAAAUGGCUGAAAAUAUGGAUCCUAACGAGUUUGGCGAGGUGAAUGAAGAAGAGGAUGAUGUCAGUGAAAGUGAACCAGUUCCAAAAAGACCAAAACUUCAAGAGAAUUCAAACUGA